UUCUGCACCAUUCCCCCACCUGCUUCUGGACAUUGUGCAUAGGAGGUGAAACUUGACCCGAUACCAGAGACAAAACAGCGAAAGGACAGGGCAAACUGUGAAGCAAAAGUGGCAAGUCGGUGCCGCUGGUCCAAUUUCGCCAAUUCUGGUGUUAGGUCCUCGUUACACUUAACCAUCCUUCUGGGCAAUCAUCCUGUUUUUUCUCCGGCCGGCUCACCACGACACGCUCACAAUGGACCGUUACAGUGACACGCUCUUGGAUGAUGAGACUAUCGACGAGGAUGGUCCUCUCAAUAUAGGGGAGUCAGGUGAGCAUCCGAGGGUCGAUCCUCAUGCAAAUCUUCCAGUCUAUCGCACGAUCCAUCGGAUUCGUCGACUCAUAACUACCAGCAUAGAUGACCCGUAUACGUCAGAACAGCUGCGAGAUCCGCAAAUGAACCUGCGAAUUGUGAGACCACUGGUUGAUCAAUUAUAUGAUUCAGAAGACGUGUCUACCGUUUACUGUCUUAUAGUGAACCGUGCACAGUUCCUCCGGGAGCAACACUAUCAAGGGCAUCUACAGACUGUUAACAUCACUCGUGCUACUCUCUGUGAGAUUCUAGCCAGUCGUGUGCUGCGACGAUUUGAUGAGGAUAAUUCUGGUCCAGCGGGUCUUUUGCUACUCGCUAAUAUUCUGGUGGCGGGGUUUGAGCCGUUCCAGAACGCACCUGAAACGAUAACAAGGACACGCCCAAAUGCGCCGCAGUGGCCAGUGCAGAAACGCGGUGGCUAUGAGCGUAAAAUCACUGCCCUUGAAGUCGCCAUUAUAUCUGAAAGCAAGACAUUACUCAGCUCAUCUGCUUGUCAGAAAGUAGUGGAUGCCGUCUACCGUGGACAGAUUAUAUACACACCCCUCUCGUUCGUCGACAUCAUCCCCGAUCAUUAUAAGCAUCACCCGAUCUCUCUAUAUAACCCUCGAAAAUCGCCCAUCUUGAACCACCGACGGCUCAUAGUCCCACGGUUACGCAACAUAAUUGAAAUAUGCCAGUUCGCUGUUCUUCUACUAUUGUACGGCCUUACGAUGGUCUACCGUGACGGAACUAAUAUAACUACUUACGAGACCAUCUUCUGUACUUAUGCAAGUGGAUGGCUGCUCGAAGAAUUCGCAGCUAUUAUAGAGCACGGAUGGUAUGUACACACACAGAAUGUCUGGUCUUUCCUUGAUAUCGCAUUCUUUGGUAUCUACUCUGUCUAUUUCAUGUUGCGAACGUAUGCCGCAGUUGUUGAAGAUGUCGAUCUGGCCACCAGUUCACUGGACAUUUUAUGUGUCGCAGCACCCGUACUCUUGCCACGGCUGGCGUUCAACCUUAUGCCGGAUAACAUGCUUUUCAUCUCGUUGCGAGCAAUGAUGAGGGAUUUCUCUGUAUUGACCCUGCUGGCCACUUGGUGUUUUGCUGGCUUCUUCCUAUCCAUGAAAUGGCUGAUUGAAUCUCGUUCCGAGAUUGUCAUCGAUUUGCCCGGUUCGGCUACUAUCUCGAAGUGGAUGCUCUGGAUUUGGUUCGGCCUCGAUGGGACCGGAUUCGAGCGCUCACCCGACUUCCAUGUCCUCCUCGGGCCUGCUCUGAUGAUUGCAUUUGCAUUUCUUGGCAACACGCUCUUCCUGACUGUCUUGGUAUCUAUGCUUACCAAUACGUUCGCAAAAAUGGUGGAGAAUUCGACUGCUCAAGUCCACUUCCGCCGCGCCGUACUCACUUUUGAAGGCGUCAAAAGCGACGCCAUCUUCGCCUAUCGGCCGCCGCUAAAUAUACUUGCGCUGGUGAUUCUACUACCUCUCAAAUUCGUCCUUUCACCUCGAUGGUUUCACAAAGUGAACGUAGGAGCGGCAAGGGUUUUGAAUGCCCCUUUGCUACUGGCUAUCGGCCUCUAUGAGCAGCACCAGUUAUGGCAGGCUCCAAAAAAUGGAACCAAGAAGUUGUACAAGCGAACCUCUCUCCUGCCGUGGACUUUCUCUGGAUUCUCUCCACAUGGUGACAUCCAAGCCGUUUUCGAUAUUGAACCCCCAAAGAAUGUGUUCUCAUGAGGACCUUUUGUGAUUAUACGAAAAUAGCCAUCGUUGCGACCAAGCAGCCCGGAAUGUCGUACAAUCUACCUCGGCCAGGAUGCUCUUGUACAUAGCAUAACUCAACCAUUGUUGGGAUGGAUUAUACGGGCAAUUAUCCGGGGAUAUCUGAGAGGACGAGAGCGAGAAAGUGAGGAAGGAACCAAAGGAAUUUUGGUGUCUUUGGGGACUGAUCUAUUCAAAGGGAAGAAGAAGAAAGUGGAGAAAGGAAACGCCUAGCAGCGGAGCCUCAAGCAUCAGACAGAC